CGCCCGCCCCCCUCGUCAGCUCGUCCUGCCUGUCGCUCUGUCGGCGUCGCGCCCAGAUCCCCCCCUCCCCUCUCCCCGCCGCUCUCCAAUCCGCCCCAGAUCCGCGCGAAAAUGCUGGGGCGCGGGGCGGCGAUGUCCGCGCCGCAGUGGCGCGGGGGCGCUCUCGACGUGCGCGGCGCGCUGCGGUCGGGGGGCAACCUCCUCUUCGCGCUCUUCGUGGCCGCCGUCCUCGCCUUCACGCUCCUCGCCGCCGUCCACAGCCCCGACGACCCGCUGCUCCACCCUUCCUCCCACCAGCUCACCGCCUUCCUCACCUCCACCACCUCCAACUCCACCUUCCUCGCCGACGAUUCCGUGCUCCGCACCGGGGAAGACUUCGCCACCGCCGGCUCCAACUCCUCCGAGGCCGCCUUGUCCACCGCCGCCGUCGCCGAGGCCCUCCCGUUCAUCGAACUCUCCGACGUAGGGUCCGAGAAAAUGGAGGCGGUGACGACGGAGCAGUCCAUCACCGUCGACACCGACGACAACUCGGCAGCCGGCGGGGGCGUCGCCGAGGACAAGCCUAUCGUCGAGGCGGUCUCCUGCGAUACGGAGGCGCCUGUGGACUGCGCGGGGGAUAGGGAUCUCUUCAACCUGCUCAUGCGUACGGCGAUCGAGCGGUUCCCCGACCUCCACUUCUAUCGCUUCGGUCGCCCUGUCGCCGUGCCAGACAGCACCAUGGCGUGCGACCUCGCCUGGCGCUUCCGCCCAGCCGAAGACGCCACCGGACGCACCACCUACUACAAGGACUACCGCCGGUUCACGCUGAGCCGCGACGUCAGCACCUGCUCCCUCGUCGUGGAAAGCGUUGGCGAGUACCAUUCUGGCACCGGCGCCAAGCGGAGUGGACGACGCAAGGGCAAGAAGGGGAAGAAGGGGAAGCGUGAGUCACCCACGGCCACAGAUUUUCUGCCGACCAAGACACGGAUGAGGCUUGAUGAGAAUGCUGCCAAUGCAGACACCACGACUGCUGUUGAGCCGGUGUUUGUUGUCGGUGAGGCCGUCAACGAUAGCUUGCCGGUGGUAGCUUCUGAGUCUGAAUUCAGCCGCGGAAAGUACCUCAUUUAUAUGGGUGGUGGCGAGAAGUGCAAGAGCAUGAACCACUACAUUUGGGGGUUGUUGUGUGCGCUCGGUGAGGCCCAAUUCUUGAACCGGACGCUUGUUAUGGACUUCAGUGUCUGCCUCAAUUCACGAUAUACUGCCAGUGGCAAGGAUGAAAAUAAAGACUUUAGGCUCUACUUUGAUUUCGAGCACCUGAAGGAAUCGGCAUCAGUGAUCGAUCAGAGCCAAUUCUGGACAGAAUGGGGGAAGUGGCACAAGAAGGAUCGGCUGAAGAAUCACUAUACUGAAGACAUCAAGGUGACACCGAUGAAACUUCGCGAUGUCAAGGACACAUUAAUCAUGCGGAAGUUUGGGCUUGUCGAGCCGGAUAACUACUGGUCACGUGUGUGCGAGGGUGAGACAGAGGCCAUGGUCAAACGCCCAUGGCAUUUGUUAUGGAAGUCACGUCGCUUGAUGGAGAUUGUAUCUGCCAUUGCCUCUCGGAUGAGUUGGGAUUUCGAUUCGAUGCACAUCGUGAGAGGAGAGAAAGCCCAGAACACACAGAUGUGGCCAAACCUUGAUGCAGAUACCUCGCCAGAAAAUCUGCUCGUGACACUCAAUGAUAAGGUUGGUGCUGGCCGGCAUUUGUACAUUGCUACCGAUGAGCCUGAUAAAUCGUUCUUUGACCCACUUAAGAACAAGUAUAAAACACACUUGUUGGAUGAUUUCAAGGAUCUGUGGGAUGAAAACAGUGAAUGGUAUGCCGAAACGAAGGAGCUAAACAAUGGUAACCCAGUGGAAUUUGAUGGGUACAUGAGGGUUGCAGUCGACACUGAGGUCUUCCUCAGGGGGAAGAGGAAGUUGGAGACAUUCAAUGACCUUACACAUGAUUGCAAGGAUGGUGUCAAUACAUGUGCAGCUUCCUCCUGAAUAUCUGAUGGAGUAAGUUGAGCUGAAUCUCAAUUAUUGUUCUUGACAGAGUAAUUUGAACCUACAUGUAUUGCUAUUUUCUAAGCACCUUUUGCUUUGUUGUAGCUAGAUAGUUGGUAUCAGUGUUUUCUUGUAACACUGCUUUUGGUUUUGUGUGCCCAAGAUUACACUAGUUUGUUGAAUUCGUGCACCAGGACUUACCAACUGUUGAAAUAAUGAGUUGGUUUGUGGCAGCUGUAUUUUGUCUGUUUCUCUCUGCUCUAACUCAGAAAUUCGUCCACUGUUAGUUUAUCA